AUGACAAAUGACCAUGCGUACGAAAUCCAACGGGAUAUUUUUCAGCUCGAAUUUCCAUACACAGCGGCAAAGGCCCUGGGGUACGCUUUGUUCAGAACCUACGGUAUCCCGAGCAUCAGUAAGUUAUUGGCGCAGACUAGGCAGCUGUCGGACCCAGCAAACGCCGGCAAGCGAUCUGCAGAUACUGGUGUUCUCAUUCUCGAAUUCCUAACCUCACCACCAAGUUCUGAGCGGGCAAACGCUGCAAUUGCCAGGAUGAAUUGGCAACACAGCAACUACCAGAAAGCCGGAAAAAUCAGCAAUGAUGACCUGCUCUAUACACUGUCUUUGUUUGCGCUAGAACCGCGAAAAUGGAUCCAGCGUUAUGAGUGGCGGUCACUUAAUGAGAUGGAACAAUGCGCUUUUGGCGUGUUCUGGAAAUCCAUCGGCGAUGCCAUGAAAAUUUCGUAUGACGGCCUUCCUUCCGCGAGAAUAGGCUGGAAAGAUGGCAUUCACUGGCUCCACGAGGUUGAAGUCUGGGCUGAAGCUUAUGAGAAAAUCAAUAUGGUGCCGGAUCUUAUGAAUCAUAAGACAGCGAAUGAGACGACAGCGCUAUUCCUUUAUGGCCUGCCAACCUUCAUGCACAAGGUAGGGAAGCAGUUCGUCACGGCCAUUAUGGACGACCGGCUGAGGGAGGCGAUCAUGUAUCCCCGUAGUCCUUGGUACUCCGUUGCGAUUGUCCAAGCGGCUUUCGCUUGCCGCAAAUUAUUCCUUUGCUAUAUUGCUUUGCCCAGGUUUACGCGGCUUCGCACUUUGUCGGAAGACAAAGACUCAAAGACGGGGCGGUAUCAUAUGGAAGUCUAUAAUUCUGAGCCAUGGUAA